UUGAAGUUCCGCCUGUCUGGCGCCGUGUCCUCAUGAAGAUGUCUCAAAAUAAUCCCGAAAAUGACGAUCAAACGUCAACUAACAAAAAAGCCAUCUCCCUCCCAAUUUCCAGAGUGAGGUUGAUAAUGAAGAGCUCCCCAGACGUCUCCAGCAUCAACCAGGACGCUCUUUUUCUCACCACCAAGGCUACAGAGCUGUUUGUCCAGCACCUGGCUCUGUCCUCAUUCAACAACGGCUCCGGCAAAGAGACCAACACGCUGUCAUACAGCGACCUAGCUCACACCGCAGAGGAGACGGAGACUUUCCACUUUCUUACAGACAUCCUGCCUAAGAAGAUCCUGGCUCGAGAUUACCUCAAGUCUUUAGAGCAAAUGCAAGAAGAGGAAGCUGACCUUUAAAAUAAAAGGACUGUGGCUGCGUUUCACGUCUGGGCAGAUGUUAGCAAAUGUACACGCUGUUCACUGAGAGCAAAAUGACUGGCAGAAGAGACACCCUGAACUUUGUCAAUGCUUUUAAAUACAUUGACAGAGUUCAGCUGUAGGGCUCAUGGAAGAAGUUCGUGGACAUGGUACUGCAAGUAAAGUCACGCAGGGCAAAUGUGAGAUCAAGUGGAGACUCAGACUCAGCACUCAGCAACAUGCAGAGUCUUCUGUCGUACUGUAUGCUUAAGAUAAAUGCUUGAUGCCAGAAAUCCAAAUUUGUUACAAUGGCCUAAACAAAGCAGCCGUAGAUGAAUCAUAAUGCAAUCAAUUAAAUCGUCAAGUUCUCCACAGAAUUGAUCACCCCUAUAAAGACUAUAUUUUUGUGUAGGCUACUGUUGUUGCUAAUAAAUGGUGCACUUGAAUUGUAGAUAUCAGACCAAUUUUGCAUUUGCCUCAUAUUCCCAGAUUUUAGCAAGUUUUCUGGUAGCAGUGUCAUAUAAAUUUUCACGCUUGUUUUCCAGUGUUCCAUGUUCAGUUAUUAGGAGAGUAGAAUUGUUUUAGCCUAGCUUGCUGUCCUUUAUGAGCUCACUCCACGUAACAGACCAGGACACAAUGUGAAUCCAUUCCACACAGCUGGAGCACAUAUGUUUCAGCUCUAGAGUUAUUAUUGCCUUUAAAAUACGUUGGGUCACCACUUUAUUUUAGACAUGCUGUCAGGCAUUGAUUUCAAAGUGAAAUGUGCUGAUGUUACUGAUUGUAAGUGAUACAUUGUAGCUUUUUUUAAAAGAUAUUGUCAUAUUCCAGUUCUGAGUAGUUUAUUGUGAAUACUUGAAAGUUGUUUGAACGAAUCAGAAGUACAAAUACCUCCUUUUUUUCAGCUAACUACAAAGCAACUGAACAUGUCGUGUCUUUCCAAAUGAAAAUCUACACUCAGCCUACCAGAUGUGACUAUUUAAAGUGUAUAUUUAACAGCUGACCACCUUACAAGGCAUCUUCCUCAUAAACUUGCAAAGUGAUUGUUUAGAUUUGAUAUUAAAAUAAAGAUUCAUGCUGUCUGACAUUCAUUGUGCCACAUGU